UGACUACAUUUCCCACAAUGCACCAAUUACAAAAUGGUCCAAAGUGUAAUGUAUUUUGAUGUUCAGGGGGCAUAUUUGCUUGGCAUUUUUCUGCUUUUGUGAAGUCUUCAGUCGUGUUUUGCCAGGCGUUUUGGAUAAAGGUAGCACAAAAGGUAGCACAGUCUUGUAGGUAUGGCACAACCGCAAAGAGUGGGGGACUUGCCCGAGGAUGUCGACACAGAUGACUGCAUGACUUCAUACACACACAUCUACAGUCCUGAUCUACUCAAAGACCAAGUGGCUUUCAUCACGGGUGGAGGGUCUGGAAUUGGACUCCGCAUAGCUGAAAUUUUAAUGAGACACGGAUGCGACACCGUUAUUGCCAGCAGAAACCAGGAUAAGCUAAGAGAGGCUGCUAAUAAGCUGACCGCAGCCACUGGUCGUCGUUGCCUCCCCCUGUGCAUUGACGUGCGUCAGCCUGAGACGAUCGGAGUUGCCGUGGACGACACGCUGAAGGAGCUGGGACGCAUUGACAUCCUCAUUAACAAUGCUGCUGGAAACUUCCUUUGUCCAGCAACGUCCUUGUCCUUCAAUGCCUUUAAAACGGUUUUGGAGAUAGACACCAUGGGCACUUUCAACACCAGCAAGGUGGUCUAUGAGAAGUGGUUGAAGGAUCAUGGAGGUUCUAUAGUGAACAUCUCUGCAACCCUUGGCUACAGAGGACAAGGACUCCAGGUGCAUGCUGGGUCUGCCAAGGCCGCCAACGAUGCCAUGACCAAGCAUCUGGCUGUGGAGUGGGGGCCCAGUGGGGUCCGGGUCAACACCCUGGCUCCUGGCCCGAUCUCUGGGACUGAGGGCUUCCGUAGGCUAGGUGGUCCCAGAGGGGAGACUUCCGGAGCCUUCCAGUCCAUCCCUCUGCAGCGGGCUGGGAACAAAACGGAGAUGGCCCACAGCGUGCUGUUCCUGGCCAGCCGUGCCUCCUCCUAUGUGACGGGCGCCAUCUUGGUGGCGGACGGUGGUAGCUGGUUGACCUCUGCCAAUGACGUGUCCAUGCUGCUGGGUUACUGGUCAUCAGAAAUGAAAAGGAACAAGUGAAUGGUGAAGAUGGAAAAAAACUCCAACUGCCUUUGUCCUUGAUGUGCCAUUUUGUUUAGUGUUACCCGAAGAUGCCUAAGCUGUUUUCUAUGACCCCCAAGCUCUUGAUGCUAAUGAUAAUGAAAGACAAACACUGACUUAGUCAAGAAAACAUAUAAAAAGAUGGACCAAAUCAUAUUGAAGUCUGAGGAUGAAUAACUCAACUUGACAAAUCAUUAACUUCAAUAAAUAAUUAAGAGUUGUUGGUAAUAUAUUGAAUAUCAAUGUAAAGCACCAACAUUUACAUCAAGCAUUGUCACUGUCCUGACACUUCCUGUUCAUAUUUGUGGAAUGACAAAAACUAAACUGUCUGAUGGGUCUCUGAAGGCAGAUGUGUGCAUGUACUUUUCUUAAUUAAGCUUUUGUAGGCCCUUUUUUUCCGCACAGUUUUCAUCACAAGCCAGAGUGCAGGGGUGUGUGAAGACAGGGCUAACAUACCCCAGUAGUCCGAAGUUAUUUUAAUUAGUCUGUAUUUACCUAGCUCCAGCGGAGAGCUCAGAACAACAUCUGUAGACUAUGUGACCUACUUGAAAGAUGUAGUAGGAUAGGAUAAAUACCGACAGUGAGCGCCUGAUCAGAUUUGAGAACGUUUAUUCCCCUUCAAAUAAUGCAUCUAUUGAAACGGCCGGAUGAGGGCGCUGAUGUAUCAUGCGGCACAAUUUUAUAAUGCAGUUGGCACAUAAUUACAAUUUAGUGUGAAUAAUGUGGUUGGAAUUUUUAAUAAACAGCUGUAACUAUAAUCGCU